CACUGUCGGCCAAUCGGUGAGCGAGAUUCGUUUUGAAGGGUCGGGAGCCGAGCUUGAUAGCUCUUGACUGCUUUAUUGCUGGAAACACGUGGGACCAGGCCUCCCAUCGUAGACCGUGAUUCGGGGCGGAACUGACACCAUGAGCCAGCCCAGCGUGCCCGCGGCGGUGCCCAAAGAGGUGAUGGACGCGUUUUGGAAAUUGGGCGACACCAAAGAUCCCAUUCGUUUGGCGGCGGCCCAAAAGAUCGUGGCUCACGCCCAGAGCCUCAAGCUCUCAGCGGCCCAGCCGGUGGAUCAACGUCAGGAUUACGUACUAGGUCGUCUAGUCAAAGGUUUGGGAUCGCAUUCACGGCGUGGAUUCUACGUGGCCUUGCACGAAAUUCUCAAGAAUACCGGAUCUGAAGGGGUGGCACGGGUCAAGCAGCUCAUGAAACAACAUUUAGCGGUCAAGGGAUCUAAAAGCAAGCCAUUUGGUGUCUAUUAACGGUGUUGGACAAGUUCCCGAAGACCUUGGAUAAGCCCUUCAUGUUGGAAAACUUUCAUCGCAAGACCCUGAUCACAUCCGAAUUCGUGAGCGAGUUCGUUAAAGCCAAGGAUGACAACACCACGCCCAUCCAUAUCAUUCGAAAUCAUCCCGUUUUCCCGGUGGUGCUGGACCAAGUCAAGAAUAAAGGCUUGUUGCACGAGCUCUGGUUUGAGCAUCUAGAUUCGUCCUUGGUCAAAGAGAGCUCAUCAUACAAGAUUCUGUUAGGGUUCUCGGUUCUGGAAAAGAUCCUGGAAUUGGACCAAGAGCCGGCUGAGAUGAUCAAGUAUCUGUCUCCCAACGUAGUGGAAACCUCUCUGAGAUUACUUACUCGCUUGGAAUCCUCCCCCGAGGAGGACGCCUUUAUAUUUGGCGUGCUGGCCAAAUUCGGAGCCAUGGCCAAGGACAAGCCGGAGAUUCAGGAGCACGUUCUACACGCGUUGCUCUCUAAAAGCGGCAACAUCGCCUUCGACAAGAUCACCGGAGGCAACGUCGUCCACCAAGUGGUGACCUUCUGCAACAAGGAGGCCGUCAAAGAGGUGGGAUCACUGUAUCGCAACGCCGUGCUAGGCGUGCCGAAUGAAGGCCGUGAAUACACGGCCAAAGAGCGCGUGUACUCGGCCUUCCAGCUGGCCAAGCUCGUGGCACACCCUUCCAUUCAAGAAGACAAUGAUUGGCGGGCGGAAACACUCUCUUUUCUGUUGUUGUGCACUCACUUUGAGGUCCAAAAAGUGAUCCCGCCCUUGACGUCGGUGCCCGCACCUUUCGCUCGAGAAGCUAAAUUGGAGAUUAAGAGCGCCUUCUACAAAGCCCUGGAUUUCAAGACCAAGAACUUUGAAUCCAUGACCCAAAUCCUCCGCCAAGUCGCCCUUUUUGCCAAUAAAUUCGUGACCAAGCCUGACAAAUCAGGAGCAGUGCUUCUCAAGGCUUUGGACGCUAAAUCUCUGUCGGCCUGGAAGACCAUGAUUGUCGAAGUCGAGGCCAUCGAAAAUGGCGUGGGAUCGAAGAUGGAGAACUCCGUGUUCCAAUUGCUUUACCUCCAGAUGGGUUUCCAGUUAUUCACGGAACCGGCCUUGGCAGUGGACACUCUGAUUGAGCUCAAGGAAUGCCACAAGCGAUCUACACAGAGGAAGGCCAAGAAGAAGGUGAAAACUGGCCAAGACGAGCCCCAGUGGGUCGAGGUGGUGGUGGACUUGCUCUUGUCUCUUUUGUCUCAGAACAAGCAUCAUUUGCGCCAGUUGGUCAAUUCCGUGUUCGUGAUGUUGUGUCCGCAUUUGACACUGGAGGCCAUUCAGACCAUUGCUGAAGUAGUCAAUCCGGCGGAGGAGGAAAAAGAGGGCGAGGACGACGCGGAGGAGGAUUCUGAAUACGAAGACAUGGAAGAGGAAGAGGUCAUUGGCGAGGGGGAAGAGAAUAAGGACCAAGACGCGGAGGAGGACGAGGACGAAGAAGAUGAUGACGAUGAAGAUGAGAGUGAGGCCGAUGAGGACAUGGAAAUUGAUGAAACCAAGACCAAUAUGGAUGAAGAGCUAAGGAAGAAGAUUCAAGCAGCUUUGGGUGAUCAUGCAGCCAAGGACGAGGAAUCCGACAAUGACUCGAUCGAUAUGGAUGAUAUCGCUGAUGAUGAUAUGAAGAAAAUGGACGAAAUGUUGGCCAAUGUGUUCCGUCUACUCUCCAAGAAAAAGGGUGGAGCCCAAAAGAAGAAAGAAAAGAAAGAUGCCUUGGCCAUCAUGCAUUUCAAGAUCCGUGCAUUGGAUAUGAUCGACGUUUACGUCAGUCAUCAGCCCAAAGCUGAUCAUGUUCUCUUCAUCAUGAGUUUCGUUUUCAAUGCUCUCGAAAAACUGGGCAACCAGAAGGAGCAAAAACCCAUGGUCACGCGACUCCAAAACACCUUGAAAAAGAUGUGCAACAUGCGCAAACCUCAGCACUUUAAUUUCGAGGAAGGCAGUCCGGAUCCCGAGGAACUGAUUCGAUUGCUCGAGUAUCUCUUAGAGUUGGCCAAUUCGGGAUCACCGUUGGUUUCGCAGUUAAGCCAACCCAUUGCUCUGUUCUCGCAAUGUACGUUCUUGUUACUCAAGAUCAGCCAACAGAUGAAGAAGGCCAAAGACUUGGACCAGAGACUACGAGACGUGUACUCUCAGGCCUUGGGCAACUUCUUCCACAAGAGUAUAUGCGUGCUUCCCGUGGCCUUCUUCCAACUUCCCUUGCAAAGUAACUGGGAAGGAUCGUGGGCUUUGGUGCCAGACAUCGUCAAGCACGGAUUUGACUUGAAAACCCGCCAAUUCCGACGCACUCAAGCCAUUUUCCUUUUGUCCACCCUGUAUCACAAUAAGGCUCUAGUUGAGACAGAGUCCAAGGCCGUCAGACAGAAGAUCGAGUUCGAUCUGGAGCAGAAAGCCAUCCACGAGCUGAAGUCGGCCACGGAGACCUCUAAACCUCGCUAUCUGUGUGAACUGUUCAGUCUGUUGAAAGGCCUGCACCAAUCGGACGCUAAGAUCGAUUGGGAAAAAGUGGCCGAAGCCUUGGAAGUGUUCCGAGAAAACGUGCCCAAGAAUCGCCAUUUCCAAGACGUGAAACGCGCCUUCAAUAGGAUUGCCAGCUCCCUCAAACUGAAGCCAAUCACCGGAUCCGAAAAGAAAAAGAACAAGAACGGUGCAAAGGCUCCGGGCCCUCAGCAAAACGGAGGAGCUCAAAACGGCUUCUUUGAGGAUCUCACCAAUGGCGAUACUUCAACCACUGCCAUAAAUGGGACUAAUGAUGAUGAGCAAGGCGAACCCGUCGAUGGCGAGGGUGGGUCCAAAAAGAAGAAAAAGAAAAAGAAACCCAGUCACGAGACCUUGAAGGCCAAAAAAGAACAGAAGCUCAAGGACGUCGAGACGCAAUUGGCCGAAAAUGACAUUCCCUCCUUCUCAAACAUCACCUUGAGCGACAACAUGAACUUUGCCUAUAAGACCGAACAAUCACAGAAACGGACUAAUGAUGAGGAAGAUGAGCAAAUCGACGACAAAAAGAAACGAAAAAAGCGCAAAAAGGACGCCAAGUAGAAACAUUGUUACACUGAUCAAGCCACACAUGUUUUGGGUGAAUUAUACAAAAUUCAUUAGUA